CAACUCAAGGUGACUUAGGCCUUGCCGAUGCUUUUAUUCAAGGGGAUUUUUCUUUUGUUGAUAAGAAUGAAGGUCUUCUUAAUCUUUUCAUGAUUUUCGUUAACAACAGAGAUUUGAAAGCAUUAGUGACAAGGUCUAGUAAGAAAAGAGGCUGGUGGACACCAUUGCUUUUUACAGCUGCAGUAUCAUCUGCAAAAUAUUUCGUUCGACAUGUUUCAAAUCAAAACACCCUGACUCAGGCUCGUCGGAACAUCUCUCGUCACUAUGACCUGAGUAAUGAACUCUUCUCGCUAUUUCUAGAUGAGACAAUGACAUAUUCAUGUGCAAUUUUUAAGAGUGAAGAGGAAGACUUGAAAGUUGCACAGGAGAGGAAAAUUUCUCUUCUCAUUGAAAAGGCAAAAGUUAGCAAGGAACAUCACAUUUUAGAGAUAGGAUGUGGUUGGGGAAGUUUGGCUGUGGAAGCUGUUAAGCGAACAGGAUGUAAAUAUACCGGUAUCACUCUCUCUGAACAGCAACUGAAAUAUGCACAGUUAAGAGUUCAGCAAGCAGGCCUUCAGGAUCACAUAACAUUUCUCCUAUGUGACUAUCGGCAAUUGCCAAAUAUGUCGAGAUAUGACAGGAUUAUAUCAUGUGAGAUGUUAGAAGCUGUUGGUCAUGAGUUUAUGGAGGAGUUCUUUACUUGCUGUGAUUCCGCACUUGCAGGAGAUGGCCUUCUUGUUCUGCAGUUCAUUUCAAUACCAGACGAGAGGUAUGACGAAUACAGGCAGAGCUCUGACUUCAUAAAAGAGUAUAUAUUCCCAGGUGCAUGCUUGCCUGCACUUAGUCGAGUAACAUCAGCCAUGGCUGCAGCGUCCAGACUAAGUGUAGAGCACCUAGAAGAUAUAGGAAUUCAUUACUAUCAAACACUGAGAUGCUGGCGGAAAAACUUCCUGCAAAAACAAAGCCAAAUUCAUGCUUUGGGAUUCGACAACAAGUUCAUCAGGACAUGGGAGUACUACUUUGAUUACUGUGCUGCUGGAUUCAAAACGUGCACACUAGGAGAUUAUCAGAUUGUAUUUUCAAGGCCAGGGAAUAUUGCAGCAUUUGGUGAUCCUUUCAGUGCAGUGCCUUCAGCUUGUUAGAGUUUCCUUCAUUGGCUCAUACCACUUCUCUCUUUUGUAAUCUUUGGACUUUUUUCAGUUACCAAUUAAAAGUUAUUGAGGAAUUUUCAUAAAGUAUUACAGUUUAGAGUUUAAUUACCAUAAGUAAUUAUAGUUUACCUAAUUAUCAUUUA